CUCGGCGCAAUUUCCAACUGUUAACUGCACAUGCCUAAUCCACCUGUUUGCUACUACUAUCAAGCUGGUUGUUGUAGAAACGGGAACGAAUGCACCUUUACACACCCGAAGAUACGUUGUCGUACUUUUGCCUCUGAUGGUUGGUGUCCUUAUGGAUACAACUGUCGUUUUUGGCAUGAUCCGUCUGUGAAACUGGGCGUUGUCAACAUAAUCAAAAAGCCGUGCCAAUUCUAUGCAAAUAAUCAAUGUAAAUAUGGUGAUAAGUGCAAUUUCUCCCAUGAUAUUAAUACUCAAAACAAUAGUGGGAUUACAUUGGAAGAAUAUCGAGCCACAAAAACGGUGACAGGCGUGCACAUUAAUAUCGAAGCUCAGGAGUCUACAACUACCGAAAUGUCACAUGGCAAACAGGAUGGUAUUUCCGACGCAUUACUUACGUCAGUUGUAAAAUCUAAUCUAAUCACAACUUCGUCAUCUACAUGCCUUAACAAAAAUAAUCGUAGCUGUGUAAGACUGCCCUUCCAGAAAUAUGCUUCUGUAAACGCGAUUGAUUUUCAAGGAGCUUCAAAGGCUGAAAUUUGUGAUCUUAAUCAUUCUGAGCUGAAACGCCUAAAGAAACAAUUUCCUCCAGACAAAUUACGUGAAGUAGAAUCAAAUGAGAACUAUCAUAUGUUUUGUGUCAGAUUCUCCUCCACAGAUCCCGACUGGGUCUACGAUGUUCGUGAGAUAGUGUUGAAUAUUCUCAUCCCACAAAUGUAUCCCAAGGAACAACUUCAAAUUUCAGUGGUAAUGCAAGAACAUUUACCAGUGAUCUUAGUUGAUGUCCGUAUGCAUUUAAAUCCAUCCAUAUAUUGUUUUUACGCAGCCAUUUGAAUAAAGCAAUCGGUUCUUGGGUUAGAUGUAAGCACCAAUGUAUGGAACGAAUGAAUCGUCUAGAGCUAUACUUGCGUCCUCUCCUUUUGUGGCUUGAUCGUAACUUGGAAGAAUUAUUCACUGAAGGAUUACGUAAAGUAAGUUGAUUUUCAUGUUAAUUACGGAACAGAUGUUACUUUGCGUAGUUGUUUCCGAUUUUCUUUCCUUAUUCAAGCGCGCAUACUUUUCUAAUUGGAGAUAAGUUAUGUUGAAAAUCUGACGCUCAUGAUCUACUCAACUCAUUGUUGUAUGUUAUUACUUGUUAACAUCACCUUGAUAAUAGUGUUAUCAAAAAAUCACGGGUUUUGUCCUGUUAAUUUCUAACAGUUCGUUUGUUAUUUUGUUUGAAAAUUAAACGUUAGACUAACUUUUAAAUUGUUUAUAAAAACGUUUGAUUAUCUAUUAAGUUAAACGAAAGAAUAUGCAGGGCGUUAACUUAGUAGCACACAAAACCAAACCAAUAACUUCAAAUGCCUUAGCCGACAUACUGGCAGCAUGAAAUCAAACUGCGUAUAUUAAUUCACGAAACGUGUGAUCAGUAUCCACAACUCACGAUAACCAAGUAUGUGAAUUAGG